AUGCAAUUAAUGCAGUGUGACCUGGAGACCUAUCUACAAGAAGACAGCGGAUGCUACGCCAGGGAGGUUACCUGGGCCCAUCGCCAACCAUAUGAGCCACUACAAAAACCAAUAGCACAGCUCAUUGCCGGCCUGAGUGCUCUUCACAAGGCAGGAUUCACUCAUCGUGACUUAAGGCCCAAAAAUAUUCUGCUUGAUGGCGAUGGGUCCCUCAAGAUCGGAGACUUCGGCAUCUCAAAGCAUGUCAUCGAUGGACUAAAGACUAAGAUAAUCGACGUGCCCGAGAUAUGGGGAUACUCGGCCCCUGAGAUCAUCAAGGCUGAAGCUUCUCCACUCCAGACCUACUCACCGAAAGUGGAUAUUUGGUCUUUGGGCUGCAUCGUGUACAGAAUGCUCAUGGGCGAACGACUAUUCACGAACUUGGAUGAUGUAAGGCGAAACCACGGCUCCAAGGUCGAGUCACUCAAAUCAAUCACAUGCAAGCGGGGAGAUGUGACUAAGCUGGAUGUGAAUUUCUUGCAAUGUCUUCUCUGCGAGGAGCAAGAACGUAGGAUGAAUGCCGACGAGGCUCGUCAGCAUUCCUGGUUCAGCGCCUUUGACGCUUCAUGUUAA